AUGGUAUUGGAAAGCGAAAUUUUUGAUCUGACCAGUGACGACAAAAGUUUACUGGAGUUUCGCAUGAAAACCUUUCAUAAAUUUUGGUCCAAUUUUAAGCCAGAGUCGUCAAAAGAAUCCUCGAAUAUUCGCUGUCUCGAGUUUGGGGGCGGACCUGUCGUUAGGAAUCUUAUAAGCGCUUCUCCCAAAGUUGAUCGCAUCGUAUUCUCAGAAUACCUCGAAUGUAACCGAAGAAGCGUCCUCUCGUGGUUGGCUGGUGAUACCGAACUUCGUGACUGGUCGCCUUUGAUAAAAUAUGUUGUCCAUGAUCUCGAAGGAGACAACAACCCCGAGGCAAUUUCCGAGCGCGAGAAAGACAUGAAACAAAAAGUACAAUCGGUUGUUUCUUGCGAUGUUAACCAAAAUCCGAUUGUGGAUCUCGAGUCCAUUGACGUCGGUAAACCUUUCGACGUCCUGUCAACCAGCUUGUGUGUAGAAGUAGUUGCAAGCUCAGAACAACAGUACAAGAGCACCAUGGCAAAGCUUUGCAAGUUCCUAAAACCCAAUGGCUAUCUUAUCAUGUUCGGCGUAGUGAAUGAAACUUUCUACACGGUUGGCGACGCGAGAUUUUGCCACUUUGGUGUGACACAACGAAUGAUUGAAGAAGCGUUGAAGGAUGCGGGGAUCGAAGAUUUUAAAAUGGAAUUGUUUCAUCGAGCAGUAAAAUCAACCACUGCAUGCGGAUGGACAAGCAUUCUUUUCAGUAGUCGGGAAAAAGUCUGA